AUGGUUCUCUUCGACGAAGAUCCCGUCACUCUCAUCCGCCAAACAACCCGCAACUUCCACACAGACAGCGACCUGCAGUCAAUCUCGCGCAUCCACUCCUCCCUCUCCACUCUCCGCAGCGCCCGCUCUCUGCGUCUCAACGCCCAACACACACAACUCGCCCAACUCUCACGAAAAGCACAACACCUCCGCGCAACCCACGACUCGGAAAUCUCACGCCACGACCCUGCAGCCCAUGCCUCUGAUAUCCUAGCCUUGGACAAUGCAAAGUUCAGAGUCGCCAAAGCCGCCAAUGACUUGGAGAUUGAGGCUGAAAGACUGGGCUCCGAAGUCUAUGGCUUGAAAAGGCAAUUGCAGAUUUUGGAAGAGCAGGGUGAUGAUGUUGAGAGUGCUGAAAACAAGGCUGAAGAUGAUGUCGUCUUGAGACUGGGUGUUUACCGCAGCUUGGGCAUCGACGCUGAACAGGACCACAAUACCGGCGACUUUACCCGUGCCGUCAUCAGAAAUACCGCAAAGGGCAAUGUCAAUGUCGUCAACCUGGACUCCAAGUUUGACCGCUUCUUUUACGCAAACCACUUCUGGAACACCAUGUAG